UCCUGUUACUGAACCCGCCGUGUGGAUGUGUCCGGCCUGUCUCUCUCCGAGAUGUGGGCGAUGUGGUGGUCGAAGCUGGAGCGCUAACACCAGUCCAUUCUCGAAAAAGAGUCCGGUUUUGCUCUCAGGAAAGGACAAACUUUAUUAGAGAACGAGCACUUCUCCUCCGCACGAGAGAAACAAACGACCGUUCAACGUCUGAGGACGAAGCGCAGGACCGACGAGCUGGAGGAGCUGAGAGAAGAGCAGGAGCGGAAAGAGGAGACCACCUCGGAAACAUUAAAAACAUCGAGAAACAUUACAGAAGAGGAGAGGGGAGCUGUCGGCUCAGAUUAGCCUGCAUUCUUUCGACUUUGUGUGCUGGAUUUUGUCGGAGACUGGGUGGAGGAUGUCUGUCUGAUGAAGAAAAACAGACGCCUGAAGUAUCUGAACUAGUGAAGGAGAAAUCCGAAAUGCUGGUAAAAUGUGCUUUAAUGUUGACGACAUGAACUAAGAGGCUCAGUUCGGUGCGAGAAUGAAUGCUAGUUUUAGAGAUAUGAGACAUUCUUCUCUUGUCGGAGUAGCUAACUAACUAACUAGCUAACUAACUAGUUCCGUGCAUGGAUUUCUUACAGCAGGAAGAACUGAGAACUGCGUCGUGCUCUUACUGAGAAACUGAAAGAUCCUUUAAACGAUGGGAAGCAAUGUUUUACUAAUUAAGUGUUAAGAAUUGUCGUAUUGUUUUACCUUAAGCUAGUAACUUAAGUGUCUGUUCUUAAGAGAAUGUGCUCACAGCUUUCCAUCCCAUAGAGUCUUUCGGUCACUAGAUGACCACAGUGACUUACAACAUCCCCCAGAAGAUUUCAUAACUGCUGAAGUUACAGUUUACACUGUUUGCAAGGCAAACAUUUCACAGCACUGUGACUUGAGUCAUUUAGAGCAAGCUGCUCGAGGUGGUUUUUGCCAUCCAGAGGCUUGGAGGACCCUGAUCCAUCUGCUCCAUCAUGCGCCUCUCUUCUUUUCUGGCUGUUUUCCGCCCUGCCCUGCCUCUCAUCCUGGGCCUUUCUCUGGGCUGUAGCCUCAGUCUGCUCAUGGUGUCAUGGACACAGGGAGACACAGAGGAUGGCUGCAGUGAUGAACUGCUGAAUGGUGGUCUUCUUCAGGGCAGUCAUGUUGGAGAGCACCAGGGAGCCAAUGGAGAGGAUGGGAAUGAAGACUUCCAGCCACGUAUUGUACCCUAUCACAAAGAUCCCAGCAAGCCACACAAGAAAGUACUCAGGACGCGUUAUAUCCACACAGAGCUUGGCAUUCGAGAGCGUCUUUUGGUGGGCAUCCUGAGUUCACGCACCACCCUCAACACAAUGGGAGUAGCAGUCAACCGCACGGUGGCUCACCGCUUCCACCGAACCUUCUUCUUCACUGGCCUCCGAAGCACUAAGAUACCUCAUGGUAUGAUGGUUGUUGCUCACGGUGACGACCGACCUGUGUGGCUGAUGUACGAGACGAUUCGUCACCUACAUCAGCACCACGGCAAUGAAUAUGACUGGUUCUACCUGGCGCAAGACGACACGUACACGCAGGCGGAGCGGGUGAUGGAUCUCGUGGGGCAUUUGAGUGCAGGGCAGGAUCUUUAUAUGGGGCGUGCAGAGGAGUUUAUCGGUGGCGAGGAGCGUGCUCGUUACUGCCAUGGUGGAUACGGCUAUCUGCUGUCACGCAGCCUUCUGGCACGACUGCAGCCCCAUCUGGACUCCUGCCGCAACGACAUCCUGAGCGUAAGACCCGAUGAGUGGCUCGGCCGUUGCAUCAUUGACUACUUGGGUCUGAGCUGUCUGGAGAAGCAUCAGGAGAUGACGUACCGGUACUUUGAGCUGCAGAAGAACGCAGACCCUGAGCGUGAAGACAGCUCCCAAUUUAAGAAUGCUUUCACUGUGCACCCUGUCUCAGAGCCAACGCUCAUGUACCGCCUGCACAAACGCUACAGCCAGAUUGAACUGGACUGGACCUACGCUCAGAUACAGCAGCUGCAGGUUCAAAUCAGUAACCUGAGUGAGCUCACUCCAGAGGGCAAAACUGGCACCACCUGGCCCAUUGGAGUCAAUCCCCCUUUCCAACCCAAGACGCGUUUUGAGGUGAUUAACUGGGAGUACUUCACAGAAGACCACAUAUAUUCAUGUGCAGACAGCUCACCAAAGUGUGAACUCCGUGGAGCUGACCGCGCAGACGUUAACUCCAUUCUGGAGACUGCUGUGGAACGCCUGAAUGAGCGGUAUCAACCACAGCUACGCUUCCGCAAGCAACGGCUUCUAAAUGGCUACCGCCGGUUUGACCCCACAAGAGGCAUGGAGUACAUGCUGGACUUGGCUCUGGAGGCCUUUACACAGAAGGGUCACAGUCAAGUCAUUGCCAAGCGGGUUGGCCUGCUGAGGCCUCUCAGUGCCAUUGAGAUCAUUCCGAUGCCCUACGUGACUGAAGCAACAAGGGUGCAGGUCAUCCUUCCAGUAACUGCACGUGAUCAGGACUUUGUAGGCAACUUUUUGGACACGUAUGUCGUGAACGCUUUGGACACUCGUGACAAUGCUCUGCUUACCUUCUUGUUUGUAUAUGAUCCCUUCGAUGCACAGAGGGUCAGCCAAACGGACGUCUUUGCUGGAGUCAAAGCCAUGAUCGGUGAGGUGGAGAAGCGCUUCAGUGAAGUGAAAAUCCCAUGGAUUAGCGUCAAAACAGAGGUACCCUCACAGGUCAAGCUUAUGGACAUCAUCUCCAAGAAGCAUCCAGUGGACACCUUGUUCUUUUUGGCCAGCGUGUGGACUGAGGUGAACGCUGACUUUCUGAACCGCUGCCGAAUGAACGCCAUCAGCAACUGGCAGGUUUUCUUCCCCAUCCACUUCCAGGAAUACAGCCCUGCUCUUGUUUACCGUGACCAGCAGCCUUCUGCUGCUUCAUCUUUUUCUUCAGAGGCUUUGCGCGAUGGCCGUUUUGAUCGCCACGUCUUCGAGGAGGCUUGUUUCUACAAUGCAGACUACAUGGCUGCCCGCACCAAGAUGGCGGCUGACAUCUUGGACAACGACGAGAUGCUGGAGAGCAUGGACGUGUAUGAGAUUUUCGUGCGUUAUUCAGGCCUGCAUGUGUUCAGGGCGGUGGAGCCAGCUCUAGUGCAGAAAUACGUUCAUCGAGUUUGUAACCCUCGGUUCAGUGAAGACAUCUACCAUCGAUGUGUGCUGAGCAAUCUAGAGGGGCUGGCCUCUCGAUCUCAUCUGGCUAUGGCACUGUUUGAACAAGAGCAGGCCAACAGUACCUAGGAAUCAACACUGGUUGCUAUGACUGUAAAUCAUGCUCAAUGGAUCUCAUUCUGCCAACAAACGGGCCAUACUGGGCCUUAAGCAGUGAAAGAGUGAAAACUUACCUGUAAUGGUCUGACCUGGACCCACUUAAUGACUUAUUGACUCACUCGAAUCUUUCUUGCGCAUUAAAAUGGACUAAACCAGAAGAACUUGUUCAGUGGGUUUAGCCUGUUGGUUGUUACAUAAAGUGAACUUGACUGGGUGGCGCUUGAUCUUUUAACUCGAUGCAUUGAGUCUUAGACUCUGUUUACACCUGUUUGAUGUGUCUUUUUAUCUGGAUUGUUACCUGGUAAGAGUUUGACCACAUGCAUUUAGACUUAUUACACUUCUUAACUUAUUAGUAGUGGGGAGUAUAUAGUGGUUUUCUGGUAUAUUGGUAUAUAUGAGUUUCAUCUUAAUCAUUACACCUGUGUGCCACAUGUAGAUAAUGCAACGCACAAGCAGUAGCUGAGUGGCUAAGUGAGGAAUGUUUGUCAUGUUUCAAGUAAAAAUAAAUAUGCAGCAGUCCCUUGAUCCCUCUGCCCUGACUAGUCUGUUGCGUCUCAAGUUGCAAGGUCUACUUUGUUUCUGAGCCAGCGAACAUAAACCACAAGUCUGCUGGACACAAGUAUGAGACAAAUGACUUGUGCUGAAGUUAGCUUUUUAUUUGAAUGUCCUGUUCCACCUUAAAUGCUUUAGCAGUGACAUUCUAGUGCUUGAACAUAACAGUUGCACCAUUUAAGGCGAAAAUGUAAACAAAAACAGCUGAAGAAGCCUGCAUCUUUAGAUGAAAAACAACUUUGAGCACUGUUUGUGACGGACUUUAGAGUUUAGAGUUACAGAGCAAUAUUGGCAGGUAUGUCUACGUUUUGUUCAGUUUUGUCAUUACUGUUUUGCAUAGCAGAAUUAUUUAUUGUUUAGUUUGGUUGUGAAAAUAUAACAUAUAUAUAUUGCUGUUGGAACAAAACCUUGUUUGUCCAAAAUGGUAACUUUACAGAAGGAAAAACCUACUUCGCUUUCAGUGUGAGUCAAUGUAACCAGACUUCUUUCCAAGUCAUUUUGGAUCAUUUCUUUUGGUCCAUUCAUCAUGAAAUUUACAUGCAAUUUAGACAACAGGCAUUUUCAAGUUAUGUCAAAAACUGAAUGACGACUAACAUGGAGGUACGAGGUCUUCUUCUAACAACAGCAAUACAUAUAUAUAUAUACUGCCCACUGCUAAGUCAAAUGUUUCUCUGGUUAGUCUGUUAGUCUCUGGUUAGUUAGUUUCCAUGUGGUGCAUAGUGUGCAAAUCAGCUCAACACCCGAUUGGCUGAGUUGUUCCUCAUUUUUCCUGUUCUAUUUGAAAGAUUGUCUGAUUCGAAAAUCAUAAUCUUGCAUGACGUUAUUAAUUUCCUUACUCUCAUGUUCACAGGCUUUUUUGAAUAGUCAGUCUCCCAGGUCAUGCUUUAAAACAUAGUGUAUAGUAGCAAGACAGUGAAUAACGUUAUGGGGAAGUAAACAUUAACCAAACUGCCACUUUAUUUAAAUCUCUUGACUUAAAAGUGCCACGAUGCCUCUGUUUAGCAGUGGCAGUAUGGUGGGGGUUUUUGGCCCUUGUGUAGAGCAGCUGAGGGAGUAUUGAGAGUUUUGGCUAACUCUGAGGAGGUUUUGUGUGUAAUCCUGAUACGCAAGAUGCAUGAAAUGAACUGGUGUAAACAGGGUCAUAGUGACUCACUCUUAUUGAAAUGAAAUGUAAUGAAGCUCAGCUCUGUGUACAUGACUACUCCACCUGGUUAGACUGGGUAGUUGAAUUAUUGGUUAACUGAAUUAAAUUCUUACUGGUCAUCAAUUCGCUAGGAAGGAAAAAAAGGAAUUCAUUUGACUUGCUGGUCAAACUUGAGUUUUGGUGUCCCUAAUACUGGGUCUAUCUACUAUAAGCAUAAUAAAUAUAACCUAAGUGCUAUGCAAGUACGUUGUAAUGCUGUAUUUGAUUACAUGUCGUUGGGAUAUGUAGUCAUGUACUGUACUAGCGUAAUACUUACCAUACUUUAUACUGUUAAAAUGUUAAAAUACUUUAAAUUAACAUUACUGUAAUGUUGGGUGCCAUUUUACAGAGAUUGGUUGCAACUCAAUUGUUUUUUUAAAAAGAAAAUAAAAAAUUGACCCAAGUAGAAUUAAAAGCAGCAUUUAAUAGCAGCCCCUUAAGUUACAUCGCAUAAAAAUUCAAAAUUAAAUUUGAAUUCAAUGCAAACAUUGAACUUGAACAGUAACUAGAUGUGAGAAAUAGUACAGUACUGAGUAAAAAGAUUUCCUUUUAAGAAAUACAAACGUUUUGCAGGUAGAUAAUUCAAAUAGUACAAAUUCUUACGAAUGGUACUUGAGCACAGAGCCCUCAGUGUGCAGUUGUUUCCUGCCCACAUCUACUGUUUAAAUACAUCUUUAGAGACACCGACUAUAUGUGAACAACUUGUAGUAAAGUCUGACCUUAAAAAGACAUUUCAGCAUUUUGGCAAAUAAAUACAGUAUUGUGCAAAAGUCUUAGCACCUCAGCACAUUGUUUAAAGCCAUCUAUUUUGGCAAUAAGAUUUUUUUACUUUUAAAAUCACAAGAUGUCAUUAGAACAAAUACAAAUAAACGUAAAUAUAGUAAAAAGUAACAAGAAUUUCUGAUUUUGAAGACUGGAGUUAAUGUCUUGUGAGCUAGUUUGAAGAGCAAAGUUUAGUUCCAGAUUUCUCAACGAGGUCCAAAGGCAUCACGUAGAUGUACUGAAGUCCUUCAGCAGCACACUUAUUGAAAUACUGUUUAGGUGAACCAGGUACUGGAUGAUAACUGUAAAUUAAUACUGUGCUGCCACAAGGCUGAGAAAUUAGAACAGCUUUUUAAAUCAAAUCAAUUCUCUCUUAUGCCUAAAACCUUUGCACAGUACAGUUUGAUACAGUUUUAGUAGAUUUUUCUCUGCUAAAUUCAUUUUCCAAGCCAUGAUCUUCUGAACACUAUCCAUGUGGUUGCCAGGAGUCAGAAUCGACUUGACUACUUUUAAUGCUAACAAUAAUAAUGAUAAUAAUUAAUUUGACAUAUAAUCCUGAAACGGUUUUCCUUAGACGCAUUCUUUCCUACACCUUUCUUGUCAUUUGAGAAGCAAAGCCUUAAAUCCUUGUCAAUAGGUAACGAACAGUUGGCGCAGCUGUGUUGAAAAUGCUUCAAAGUGAAAUGAAGAUUUUGUAACCAAGAUGAGGUCAUUGAGUUUCUCCACAACUGCUCUGGGCCCAGUUUCCCAAAAGAAUUUUAGUGUUAAGAUAAUCUUAACUGGUAGACAGAGAGUGCUCAGUGGGAUUCUCACCCUACCAUUUAAGAUUUUUGUGCAAAGAUAUUUCUGGGAAACUUGGGUCUGUUUAAUUAGGUUUUACAGUGAAAAGGGGAACUGCAUCUGGCUCCUGUUGUAAGAAGUGCCUUGCUUAAGAUUUUUAACGGCUCAAUGUGACUCCAGACUCAGUCACAGAGCCCUGACAGGUUAAAACCAGCAGUUUGUAGUCAGUAGCCUUAACCACUCGUCCCUGCCCUGCUAAUUAUGUACACUUCGACUGUGAUCGUAAUAAAGGUGCUGUUUAAUAAUGUACAACAUGUUAACUACAGUGAAGCUAAGAGAUCCUCCCUCUCUGUUGCUUUAGACUGUAUACAGUGAGGGGAAAAUGAAUUCAUAAGUAUGACUAACCACAGCAUGGAUUAUUUGCCAAAAUGUUGAACUGGCCUUUUAAGCUCCUGCUUCAACCGCACCUUGAGCCUUUUGCCUUUCUUUACGUACAUGAUUGUAUGAGAUUUGAAUGAAAUGUGUUGAACCUGUUGAUGUCAAAUAAAAACCUGAAUAUUUGUGAAAA